CGCUGCUCGGCUCUCCUCUCAGUACCCAGGGCGAUGACAGCUCGGCGCGGAUCGGCAGUAGUAAGGCGAACGGUGCUGGUUCCCAUUAAGCGGGCGCUGGUGGAGGGGACAGUGUUUUCCAGUACCGUUUGGUAGCUGAUUACGUCUGUCUUACUGCUUUAAAAAUAAAUCACGUUGGGAGGAAUCGCAUGGUGUUUGUUUACUGCAUCUCUAGGACGUGGUGAUGUUUGCAUUUGAUACGCUGUGCCUUGCGAACCCAAAAGACUGGAGUCGUUUGAAGAUUAUGUAACAAUAAAGGUGCAGAUACCCUUUAAAAAGAGUAAUAAUGGGACCAGGCAUUCAAGAAUAUCCCUUAUUACUGCACAGAGAGACACAGAAAAAGGAAAGCCAAAUCAAUGAAAACCACAAAGGAAUGGUAAAUUACAGUAAUGGAAAAAGCCAUCUGAGCACCAAAGGACUAAAUAAACCAAUUUCUCAUGUGAAAACUUCUCCUGGAAGAUUAGGCAAAAAUGUAUCAAGCUCCACUGAAAAGAUUUCCCAUGAGACUCAAGAUGGUAACCAACCAAGUAUUUUUAAGAAGGGAAGAAACCAGCUGGAUGACAAUGCUCAGUCAAAAAGGAUCACGAGUGUUUGCACAUCGCUGCACAGAGUACAAGGACCAAAGAUGAGUCUCCCAGAAAGAAGGCAAAAUGAAUCUUUCCUGCACAGGAUCCCUCCUAGCAUAAAGGGCAGCACACAAGGUAGCUUCUGUAGGGUUAAAGAAGGCCCGAUGCAACAUUUUUAUGGCAGUAAAAAAGAACAGUUGGAAAAGAAUCAUGAAGAACAUGUUGCUGAAGCUGGUCCAUGCUCUUCUAAAUGGCGAGAACCAUCUGUAGAUGAAAUGUUUCUUGAUUUUGAAUCAGUACAAAUUAUUAAAGAAGAUGCUGAAGAUGAUAGUGCCAGUGAUCUCUCUGAUUCAGAAAGGAUUCCCAUUCCCCCAUCUCCCUGCACACCACCAGAACUCAUUCUCAGAGCUGAAGAAAUUGAUCCGGUUUGUUUGGAACAUGUCCCUGAUACGGGUUUUAAAGAAUCAGAAUAUUACUACCCAGACUUCCUCCCACCCCCUUUCAACUCGUGGGACUUGAAGCAAGUGGCCAUCUUUGUUAAUGUAGAGGGUAAAACUGAAUUUCGACCAAAGCCAACAGGAUUUCUUGAGAAAUACAUUGAUCGCCUUUUGCAGCUGGAAUGGCUGCAAAUGCAGACUGUACAGAAUGAGAAAGGAAAGGCAGCCAAAGCCAGACCACAGACUGCUCCCGGCUCCAUCCGUACCCUAAAAAGCCCUGGCAAAGGCAAAGCAUUGCUCAGCCCUUUGCCUAACAAGCAAGUGGUUCCCCAAGAAAGUGUUACAAAGCUGCCCAGAAGCUAUUCAGGUCACAGGGGAGAUUCAUACUGUGAAGAAAGUCGCCAGUUAUAUUCUCAUCCAGGUCACUUGAAACUUCCUGAGAGAAUGGGAUGUGCAGUGUCUUCUCAGAGACAAUCUGGUGAAGUAAGGAGUGAACUGAAAAAAAAACCAACUGCAAAGCAACAGCUUCUCAAUAUGCAGCCCUCUGAGAACAGUUCUAAGAUUCAAAGUGUUGGUAAUAUCAGAGCCCCUAAGCAAACCCCAGUAUUUCACAGUUCAGCUGCUCCCGUCAAAGGCUUAAAAACAUACGCGUGUACAAAUCCAAAGAAAAAUGGCAAUGCCAACAAUUAUGUUCCUUCUAAAAAACCAACAGGGGACAGGAAAAUAAAAACAAAUGGCACAAAGCAAACAUCACGCAAAUUUAUAUGAAGAAAAAUUAGUUAGUAAAUGUUGAUGCUUCUUGACUGCUAGAAAGCAUUUGGCCAACACAGAAGGGUCAUGUUUUCCUCAUAGGAAGAUCCUGAGAAAAUACGUUCUUGAUGCAUGGUUCUAAGUCAGCACUGUUCAUUUCAAUACAUUUGAUCUUAAGCCAGCAAGGCCAGCAGGAAAUCUUUUCCCUGAAGGCAAGUGUCUUCCAUUGGUCUUUCCUCAAAAAUACUUACAGUUGCUCAGUGAAGAUAACAAUAGCAGAGUAUGAAAGUUCAGAAAAUAUGUAAUUAUAACAUGUCCUCCUCUUUGCACCGGUUGAAAUCCAUUGAAGUCUGUGGCGUUUCUUAUGCUUACCUUGGUGUAUUUGAAAGAAUAGGAUCCAUGCUCUUUUUCUUGAACAGAUGUGCUAUUUUCUGAGACAGGUUUGAUCGUGGUGUUUCCUGAUGGAAAAGGGCUCAACUGUUUUUAUAGAAUAAUGGAGCAUGCUUAUCUAUGCAAAGUCAAACUCUAAUUCUUCACAGAAGAUGAUGAAUUGGAUUUUUUUGAUGAAUUAGAUAUUUUUUUGAUAAGAAGAAUGGAGAUAAUGUUUUGAAAUAUUUUAAUGCAGAAAGGAUUCUUUUUAAGACAAAAAAUUAUUAGGGAGCACUUCAAUAGUGGCAGAUUAAGAAAAUGGAAUGCAUAUUUUUAUACCCAGAAAUCUUCACUGUGUUUACAGACAGCUUUCCUUGAAGUUCAUUUUGUAAGCCUUGAUGCUUUUUGUCAUUUAGAGGAAAUGACCCAAUUUCAAAUUGUACAUGGAUAUAUAUGACUAAUGCAAAAUGAGGGUAUUACUAGAGACUCUGGGGCCUAAUUUGCAGAACUGGUAGCCUCUCAAAACAUAAAAAAUAGACUCUUAGGGGAUGAAUUUAAAGGCUAUUGUAAGUUCAAGGAAAGAUAUAUUUUGAUACAAAAGAUACCUAUUUUCAGUCACCCGAGAUGACUAUUACUUAUCCCAUGGUCCAGUCUACUUCAGUUAGCUUGGCUUCUUGUUUCAAGGUUUAGUGAAGUGACAUGAGGAACUACCCUACAGAAGAAAUUGUACGACCAGGAGUGGGUCCUGUCCUCGGACCCUCUGUUUUCUCUUGUGUCUGUGAGAUACAAGAGAAUAUGUAGGAUAGUUCAGUGAGUAUUCAAGUGUCAGUUCAUCUGUUACAAUUUCAAAUCAAUCACAGCAGCUGGGGACAUGAUCUUGUUAAAGAUGAAAUUCUAGAGGAUGUUUUGUACUUUCAUUUUAAAAUGAAACACUGAGCAGCAUUAACUUCAUCGUCAGCCACCAGUCACAGUGAACUGUUUAUGAGAAGUGAGCUGAGGUCUGACGGACCAGAUUUUACAAGCGGAUCCUUCACAUUGUGGUAGAAAAUGAAAAAGUAGCAAAUACUAAAGAGUACAUUAUGUAUAUAGUUAAAUUGCACUUCUCCUGUUGAGCUCAUCUUGGUUUUAAGAUGCUUAGCUGUUUCUAUUCUUUCAUUGUGCCUACCAGAUUUUCAGCUUUGUAAAAUUUCAAAGCAUGGAUUUAUAUGUAGUUUAAAAUGUGAGAAUAUUAAUAAAUGUAGUAAUAAACUAGAGUAUUUUACAGUACAUAAAAACAUUGCUCAGGAAUAGUCUAAGAAAUAUUUUUAGUGUUUUUUUCCUAGUCUACUGGAGACCAAAUGUGAAAUUUUAAAUUGAUAAAGGAAACAAAUGUGAUAUACAGUAUUAUAUUUCCAUAUUCAGUAUUUGUGAAGUUACAGUUAAAAUGAAUUGUAGUUGCAUGUACAUUCAGCUCUAUGCAAUUGAAGUGAAACUUAAUCUGACAUGCUCAAAGAUCAAAUAAAUUGGUGUGGUGAAACUCAGAGGAUGGCAUUCAACACCAGCAGCUGCAGAGGACCAGCACAUUCUAUUGCUGCUAUUUCAUCCUUUUGUUUUGUUCCAGACUCAUCAUGUAUUUCAGCUUUUUUUAGAUGAAAGGUUCUUGCAUCCAGUGCUAGAAUUUCAAACUCUGGCCAAAUUCUGCAAGCCUUCAUUACUCACGUUUUCCUGAUUCACGUUAACAGUAGUGAAAGUCAGUAGGACUGCUCUUGCCAACAAGCACUACUUUAGCGCACGAUUUUAGUACACUGGUUUAGUGCACUAUUAUAAGCACCAAAAGCUAGGUGAGUGGGAUUGAGUCAAUAAUGAGAAUAGCAUUUUUUUAAAACAAAUUCUAUUAAAUGCAGUAAUUAAUUUAGCAUGUUAUUAUAGCACUGAAUAUUAGUGCAUGCUAAAUUUUCCUCUGAAAUGUUACUCUCUAUUGAUGCUUUCCUAGGUUAUAAGGAGGGCAUGUAGAUACAGGCACAUUUUGCAUGAUCACUUCUUAAAGAAUAAAUAAAUAGUGUUUCAGUCAGCUUUGACCAGAGCAAAGGUGAUUGGCACUGAGAAAAGUUUUUUUCUUACAGACCUAGGAAAGUUUUGUUUUCAUGUAGUGCUUGUGAUCUGAUGGGCAUCAGUCUGUUGUUGGAAACUGAGAAUUUGAGCAGGUGGAGAUGGUGAUGCCACGUAAAACAAGUCUGAGUACUUGUUCAUCAUUGAGCUCUGGCUGUGAUCUUGCCAAGUAAGUUUGUCUCACAUGAUAACCACACAAGUCUAAUUUUCGUUCAUUGAUUUGAUACUUCUUACAGAGUCUUCUUUGUUCACAUACAGAAAUAGAAAUUCUGUGUUUGCCUCAACAAGCAGUUCUUAGCGUGAGCAGACCUGCAAGGGUUGGAUUUUAUCCUGCAGCACUUUUGCUUCCAUUUUAACUUGACUGUGUUCUGGGCCUAUAGAUAAAAAGAGCUCCUUUUAUGAAGAGGACUAUGGUUUAUGUUUCCUUCAUUUUGUAUUGAUGGAUAUUGUCUUUAGAAGCACUUCUGAAUAUCGCAGAAAAGUUUAUUCCAUCAAAUACAUUCAGUUUGGAAUUAAAAUACUUCCACAGCUCCGUGUUUGUGUGGCUAUUUAUAUUUUUUUUCACUGUGUUUAGCAAUAUGAUCAUAUGUGUGUCUAAGCCUAGCAUUGACAAUGCUUCUUGAAGAACAAGUUUACUGUGAUGUGAGAUAAUUCAACAUUUUUUUCUAGAUGAUUUAAAGGUUUAAUGUUCUGCAGUACUGUCUACAGAACAAAUACGCUCAGGUUGCAUUUUAAAUAAACAGCCAGAUUCUACUUCAGUUAUGCUAGUACAAACUUUGAACAGCUCUGUUGUUUUCAACGAAAUUACCCUGUUACAAAGAUGUGAAGAAACAGAAUUUUACUCCAAUAUGUAUAAACUGUUUUCCUUAGUAAUUCUAAACUAUAUUUUUAAUGCAUAACGUGAAGAAUUUAAAGCAAUAUUGUUUUUCUCUUGACAUGUUUCUUUUUUCUCCAUUACUUACAUCUCCGCAGUGAAAUACUGUGGUCAGUUUUACCUCCCUCGCACCCCCUUGCACCUUGUGGUAGCUUUCGGUUAUGUACAGCAGUUCUGAAGUUUCUGCACAAUGCCUCCAGAUCCUCAUUCUGUUAGCAGUACGGGUAUCAAGCUUCUGCAGUUCCUCAGAAUUCAUGCUCCAAAGGGGGGGGUUUCGCUGUGUGAGCAAUGCAUACCGUUCUGGGAAGAGGGGCUUCACGUCUUCCUCAAGUGGAAGAGCCUUGCAAGGAAGACUCAAACCAAUCCCUGCUGCUGGUUCAGUAUCCUAAAUCAUGGGGUGGCUACUUGUUAAGACUGAUAAGGUGGACUGUAUUUUUUGUUCCAAAUGAGAGAUUGUUUGCUGGUACGAAUUCAGGGCCGUGAGGUGAUAGUGCUUCUCACAGAGGCAAAAAGGCUCAGCAGUAUUCGUUCUGAGAAAGUUGAGCUUAGAAUGAACAGGUUGCCAGAAGUAGGGAGCUCUCAUCUCCCACCGAUGCCCCUCUCCCAGGGGGCAUCUCCCAUCUCC